UGGCGUUUGUGUUGUGCCAUUGGUGAACCGUUGUGUCGAACAUUUCGAAAAACUUUUCUAGUUGAAUAAGAACUGUUGCAUUUUGUGAUUCGCUUAACAAGAACUAUGUUUUGAAUGAGGCCAAGGUUGCCAUGGAUCUAGUCUAAGACACCUCGACGACGACCCCAUCGCCGCGACAUCGACCUUCGACCGCGAACCGACUCCUUCAGCAGCCCGUCCGUUCGCGAGCACGCCACAGUAUUUUUCCGGUGGUGCGGACGAUGCCUUAAGGGCUAAUCUCCUGCAUGACCAACGGACGGGGCGCCGGAAUGGCGUCGUUCAUGACGAAAAAGAAGAAGUACAAGUUUCAAGUGGAGAUAUGUCUGGAGGAAUUGCUGGAGGUCCCCUUCGUGUCGGCCGUGCUCUUCGCCAAGCUGAGGCUGUUGGACGGUGGUAACUUUCAGGAUCACAGCAGCAGGCAAGAGGUUCGGGACCACAGGGUCCACUGGGGCGCCAAUUUCACCUUCCCCUGCAAAAUGAUGGCGAACGCCUCCACCGGCGUUAUGGAGAGGUGCAUUCUGAGGAUAUCCAUCAGGAAGGAGUCGAAGGGGGGCCGCUCCUUCAACAAACUCGGCUUCGUCGACCUCAACCUGGCCGAGUACGCCGGCGCCGGACUGACGCACAAGAAGGCCCUCCUCGAAGGGUACGACACCAGGCACCGCCAGGACAACAGCAUGCUCAAGUUCAAAAUCGAACUCAAUAUGAUAUCGGGCGACAUCCUCUUCAAAGCGCCCUCUCCUUCCCUAAAACAUAAACAAGUGAACGCCGACGACGCCUCAAACGAACAGAGGUCGGACGAGUUUUCCAGCGGUUCCCUAGCAGGGUCUAUAGCAAGCGGUAGCUCCGGCUUUGGCAGUUUACCCAAGAAAAGGCCUGCUCUUCUAGCAUCAGACCUGGUCAUAGGUCAAACCCUAACCGAGAACAACAACCCCAUCACCAUAGCGGCGGAUUGCAACAGCGACGCGACUAUCCAACUUCCCACCAUACCGUCCUCCACGGGCGAGCACCUCGACCAGCAGGAGGCGCCCUGCGAGCCCGGCCACUCCAGGAACUCCUCCAAUACCAGCCAGUUGUCCAAGGCUUCCGGAUAUAGCAGCAUCCACUCGCACACGCACAGCAGGCAGUCCAGUUCCGGGGAUUCCGGGCAUAUCAGGGACCUACAUAGCAGAUCAGUACGGACUCACACCGUAACGACCACCCAAAAAUUUUUCAGAACCCACACCUACCCCAAAAAGAUCAACAUCCCCAACACCAUCCACGCCUCCCACUCGGAGGACGUCUAUUCCACCCCCGUAGGGGUCAUCACCUCCACCCCCAUAAAGGCUGUCGUCAAUAAUUUCAUCGAAAACGAAAGCGUAUCCACUUACUCCACUCCUAAGGGCUAUCAGACUCAGGUCAGCUACGUCAGCAAUUCAAGCGCGGAAGAAUACAAGACCCCCGAGACCACCUUUAUUAACGCCAAGACUGACAUUUUCUCUCAAAAUUUUAACGAGUUGCAGAAAUCCUCUUCUACGAGCGUGGUGGAGAGGAUCAAGACCAACAUGUUGACGAUCGACGAAGUAGAACAUAGAAAGUCCGACACGACGAACAAUAAUUCUCACUUCAUCGACAACAGACUGAGUCUGGAGGAGAUGGAGAAAAACAAAAGGAAUUCUGUGGAGGGCGUUCUGAGGUCGAAAAGCGAAUUUGAAAUCCCUCGAAUGCCCAACCCCCCCAUAGAAAAGUCCUUCGCUAGUAAAUUCUUCAAGUCCGACAGUCUUUUUUCCUUUCUCACCCCCAGGCCUAAGAGGAAGAGCCUUAGCGAGCAGGCCUCCCCCAACCGAACCAGUCCCACUAACCUCUUCAAAGUUCCCGGUUCUCCCGUUCCCAAACUCAACAGCCUCCCCGAAACCCGCACCACUUCACUGAGUUCUCUUCGGUCGGGACACUCCAGCAACGAGGGGCUGUUGUCCGUACAGCUUUCCCAAAGGAAUCCAAGCGCGGGCAGCCUCGUUUUGUCCGAGACCGGAUCACUGGAUCGAGCCAAAGCGGCCUACGAGAGACGGAAAAAGAACCAGGUCCAGGAGUCCGACAUGGCAACCGUGCCGGGAAGAGUGGAGAUCACCAGGGUCAAUCCCGAUGAUUUGAUAGAGGAGCUCUUGAAGAAUACCAAUCUGGAGCAAGCGGAUGACUCAGCUGAAACCUCUGGUCUUCAGCUGUUCAUAGCGAAGGACGGCACCGCGGCCCUUGGAAACCACGAGGUCAAGUCCCAGAUGUCGACGGGGGUCCAAGUAUUCAAGCAGGUGGUGAUGGACGACAGGUAGCCAAGGUGUUAGACCUCUCGCCCCGUCACCGCUUGAACGUGUACGGUACAUCAAAUAAUCAAUGUUGAUAUUACUGUUGGUACGAAAACAUCCUGUAGCAUUGCCCUGUGAGGUGUCUUUAGAGGAGCGCGCCCGCUAUCCAGGACAAUAACUUCCACUGAUGACAAUAGGACGAAGUUAACUCGUGCCGAGUCGAAGCGAGGGCUCAAAAUUUUGUACAAAUCAAAAGUAUAGGUAUUUUGUAUUUUCUAGUUGCAGUAUUACAGUAUCGGGAUAGCGUGUUAGUGCUAGGUUUUCUUUUUAUCGUGGAAGGGGUGACCAAAUUGAUGAAACGGAAAUGAGUUCGUUCGGGUUAAAAAGAAAGUUAGAGUCUCACAUAUCCAGAAAAAAGUACAAAGAAGAAAUGAAACUUAAUUUUUGUUAUUAUAUGAUAGUUUGUUAAUAAUUUUUUUGCCAAAACGGAAAAUUGAUCAAGUGAUUUGAAACUUACAGGUAUUUGGUGACUAGCACUGAUUUGACCAGUAAAUUACUUAGCAUUUAUUUUAAUGCUACUUUAAUCUCAUCUUUUAGUUUUCUCCUUUUUUUUUUUGAUAAAAAUUUGAAAUUGCUUGUUAAAUAAUUAAUCAUUCCGCUAAUUAUGUGAAAAUUAGUGUUUCACCAUAAGCUAUUGGUAAAGAAUGGUCACUAUUGCUCUCUGUUUUAAACGCUAAUUCGUUUUUAGCGCUUAUUUAGAUGACACAAGAAAAUAAUGUUAGUUUUUUAAAUAAUUUAAAAUUAUUGAAUAAUUAUUGAUUUGAUUAUGUGAUAGUUAAUAUUUUACCAUUCAGAAACCGUCGUUUUUCAGUAGUAGCAGUUAUUGUUGCUAUUGAACUCUUUAGCGUUUAUUUGAAGACACAUUGAAGGAAUAUUUUUCUUUUCUUACAAAAAUUUGUAGUUGCUUAUUAAGUAAUUAUGAAUUCAAUAAUUGAUGUUUUCAAACAUAAGAUACAAAAUUUUUGACCUGUUAGAAACCGCUGAAAAUAGUACUUUUAAAUUGUUUUUCGCUAUCGAAACCUUUAGUGCUUAUUUUAAUGGUACAUAAAGGAGUAUUUUUGCUUUUUUUAACAAAUCUUUGAAGUUACUUAUUAAAUAAUUAUUGAUUUAAUUAAUUAUUUAAAAUUCUAAUGGUGUUUAAUAACAUAGCCACAUAAAAAAAAGUUGUAUGUACUUUCAUGCGACAUAUGUUAUUCGUA